AUAAAGUUGGCUCGUGGGUGUUUUGCCUGAAGGCCGGAAUUCUGCUCUCUAGGGUUUAAAGUGGGGUUUUCUUUGUUUCGAUUCCAAAUCUCGAAGAAGGACCUUCGCCGAACCAGAUACGACCCCUUCUGAAGCUAGACAACACAAUGUCAUUUUCUGUGUUCUCGACGCCACAGCAACAACCGCUUUUUCAGCCACCACAGCAGCAACAGCAGGGCAGUUUGUUCUUUCCACAGCAGCAGCAGCAGCAACCGCAAUUGCAACUCCAACAGCAGCCGCAACAGCAACAGCAACCGCAACAGCAAUUGUUUCUGUUCACUACCGAUAAAACUCCCGCUAAUUAUAGUACCAAGUGGGCGGAUCUUCAUCCUGAUUCUCAGAAGGUUCUCCUUCAGAUCGAGGAGCGGAUAUUAGAGUAUAGGGAUGAGAGCCUGAGACUGGAUCAGUGUGGUCGUCUCUACGACUCUUCAAUUUCAAACGAAGGGUUUGAGCUUGAUGCGAGCCACAUUGUUCAGGAACUUGGGGGCAUCAGUACUGCCAUGGGACGACAGAAAACUUUGUUGCAGGAACUGAUGUUUGUUGUUAAGGAUAUGUUACGCAACACAGAGGUUGCUAUUCGUUCUUUUAUGAUGUUACGUCCAAGGUUCCUUCAUCCUGGUGGAGGGGGUGCUUCAAGCGCUACAGCCCCUUUGCAGACUCCUGGAACCACUGUAACACCUAGUUCAAGUAGCCAACCAACAACUACAACGAUAGUGCCUGUUUUUGAUUUUUAUUACGGGCUUCCAAAGAAACCGUCACCCUUUUUACAGCAAUCAGUCUUAAGAUUUGAGAAGUAUCUGGGUGAAUGCCGCCAGUGGAUUGAAGAGUUGGAGCAACUGCUUCUUUUAGAUUCUGAGAGAAACAUUACUAAUAACAGAUCCUCAUUAUUGCAAUCUCUUCCCAAAGUCAUGACAAAUGUGCAUGAUUUUUUUGUUCAUGUGGCUGCAAAGGCGGAAAGCAUUCAUCAGUACAUUGAAUCUAUGAAAUCAGCUUACCUAGCUGAUCAGCGUCGUUGGGGGGAGGUAAAUGAUCCAUUUUUAGAGGCUGAUCGGCGAGAAACAGCAAGACAAGAAGCUGCCUCAAAAAGAGUUCAUCCAACAUUACACUUACCUGCAAACACGCAGCCUUCAACACAAGUUGCAGGGUUGUUUUCUAGCUCAGCAACUCAAGGGACAUUGACUGCCUCACAGACAUCUGCAGCAACUACGUUGUCAUCAUCAGGAAGUGGAUUUUCGCUAUUUAGCACACCAUCUUCAGUUCCACCUUCCUCUACACCAUCUAUGUUUACAACACCAACAACUUCUGCUCCAGUAUCCUCUUUGUUUGGUUCAUCCAGUGCUACACCCCAAGCCGCAGCUUUUAGUUCUUCAUCAUCUUCCUUAUUUGGUCCUUCUUCCACUCCCUCUCUGUUCAGUAGUUCUGCUUCACCAUUUGGUACGAGUACCGGAGGUUCACUCUUUUCGACUCCCUUUGCUUCAGGUGCUGCAACAGGAUCAGGGGCAAGCUUUGGGGCUGCAUCAAAAUCAUCAAGGCCAAAAUCCAGAACUGCUCGACGAUAAUAAAUAACAUGUGAAAUUGACAGGCUACGUCUUGGUGCUAAAGAGUUCUUCAUUUAGUGUUGAGAAUAUUGGUUAAAUGGUGUAAAUCUUGCUUUUUUUGGAAUUUGAUUGAUCUGGAGAGGUCGAUGCUGGAUUAUGGACACCAGCGCAUCAUGCGAUCAGGUUGUUCCAUUAAACAAUUUGCAGCAGGGUAUUAGUGGGUCCAUUUUUCUGUAACAUAAUCAAGAAUUAUACGCUAGAUCAUUUAAUUAUAAUCACAUUUCAAGGAGAAUUGUACCCAGUUUGUUGAGAAACCUGCUUGUCAACUAGGCUUUGUAGUGCCAGCAAAGCAAGCUUAGCAGAAUUUCAUGAGCUGCCUUGACAAAAGUAGUUUUUCUGGCAACAUGAACGUGAAGCAUUUUUUCCUGGAAGUCUCAAGUUUGCUCUUCCUGGCUUCCAGUUUGAGCUU